AGGAGUGUCCAUUUUGCCAUCGUCAAUUCAUCAGAAGCGAUGUUUUGCUUCGUCAUUCUCGAGCCUGCAAACAUAAGGAUGUCCACGCAGUGCCGAUGGGGCAAAAACGGGGUAGGAAACGAACAUCCUGCGACCAGUGUUCCCAGACUCACACGGUGUGUGAUGGGGAGUGUCCAUGUGAGGCGUGUCUUGCUGCAUCUGUGGAUUGCUCCUACAAUGCCUUAAAGCAACCAAAUCCAUCACCUUCUGUGCCCAUAGAGCACCAAUUUGCCGAGCCCGAGGUGUCCGUUCGGGAGGCUGGGCAAGAAUCAACCAACCCUUCCCAGAAAAUAUCCAUUCCCUUUCUUCUAAACUAUACCAAUCAGUCGUCGAAGUCAUCUUAUGAUUUGCACUGUAUUCUAGGAGGGGAAUCGUCGGGCUUUACAGAUGACAGUUUCCCGGCGUCUGCCGACUCAUUCACAGACCUUUGGUCCUCUCUGUUUCGCGCUUUCAUCAACCCAUCUGCCAUAGAGCCGAAGCUAUACGAUACGGCUCAUUAUUAUGGAUUAGAUGACCUGAACGGGCUCGCUGACACAAUCGAACGGCUUGAAUCGCAUCUCGAGCGUUGCAAUACAGGAAGCCUGAACCCUCAGCAAGUUGACAUCUCGGAGGCUAAAUCAUUCUUCUGCAACUCACGACUUGGGGAAUACGUGCAUAGUUUCUUCGACCACUCUUCACACACAAAUUGUAUCAUCCACAGGGCUUCCUUCAACGUAAAUAAAACCUCGACACAUCUUCUUCUAGUGAUCAUUUUACUGGGUGCAGUUUGCAUGUCGCCUGAGGAUGCUGUGGCUGCCCAGAAUUUCUCAGACCUGGUGCAGCGCUCUGUUCUUGAAGGUCCUGACUUUCAGCGGAUGCUCUAUAUCAAGCACCCGCCACGGUCAAAGGACAACAUCCAACUUGUCCAAGCGGCAUUACUCGUGACUGUGUUGCAAUCUGGUAAAGAAGAGUUUGAGGUUAACAGACGUAUUCAUACCCAGUGGUUUCCAGCGCUAAUAUCCGUUAUACGAUCACUGGGUUUGACGCAAGAAAUGAAUGGCAUUGAUCCUCGUAGACAGGAGGCUAGCCUGGACGAUUACAUAUACCAGGAGAUACUGGUGCGAAUGAUGGCAUGGGCAUACCUCCUUGACUCCUACAAUGUCAUCUUCUAUCGCUCGUCACCACAAUUCAAAAUGAUCGAGGCCGGCUUCGGCCUUCCGCGAAACGACCCACUAUUUGACGCCAUGGACCCCGUGGAAUGCGAAAAUACAGCGGCUCAACCUCAACAUUCACCAUGUUCUCUCAGAUCAAUAGUCCAGCGACUGAUGGAUGAAACUCCCGUCCAACCAAAAGAGUUACUCAAGCAUAUUGACACCUCAUUUGCACUCUCUCUAAUACUUAGUGCUAUACACUCCGUUUUGUUCGAUAUCCAAGCGCUUGCAGGCUGCAUAGAUACUCUCGCGGCAUUGAAACCUAUCCAGCGUGCAUUAAACAGAUGGAAGGAACUGUACGACUUGCUUCACUCCGAAACCCACGCCUCCAAACCAUUAAAAGCCGGGUUCAUGGAACACAGUCUUGAGUUUUGGUGGCUAGCAAAUGAGUUCGUUCGGCGUCCUGAAGUGGCCUUGAAUCAGGAACGGUUUGCUGCGGAUUCUAUCGCGAGCUUUCAUGCUACGGUUCAGGACCUGAAGGGUGCCAAUGCAAAUAUAUGA